AUGAAUAAAGGAAAAGAGACUAUAGAACCAGAAUUUAAUAAAUUAAAUGAUUUGUUAAACAUUAAACACGAAAUUGUUUUUAUUGUAAGAAACCAUAUGCAUAUACCGAAAAAUUAUGGUGUUCCUUGUUGCAUAUUAGAAGGAUGGACUAGUGGAAAUGAUGAUAUUGAUAAAUUUAUUAAAAAUACAAUUUAUGAUGUAAGAAAUAGUGUAAGUGUUAAUUAUAAAUUAAUUGAAUGGGUACAAUUUGAUAGAUUUGAAGAUAUCAAACAAAUUGGUGAAGGUGGAUUCACUAAAGUAUAUUCUGCAACAUGGAUAGAUGAUAAAACAUAUUAUGAGGAACAGAAUGAUGGAAGAUGA